UUCAGCUGAUUUUGUGUUGUGUAGCAUAUCCGGAACAACAGCGUCGCCUUCUACAGAGGAAUACAUAAAAUAUAAUCAUCGGAUUGAUUCUGUUUCUACCUGUGUAACAGAAUGAAAGGUUUAUAUUGUCGUGCUGCUGUGAAUAACGCUGAGACCAAGUUUGUCAUCCAGGAAACGAGUCUUCCAGAUGUGUUAGGCAGCCAUCAGGUCAGAGUUCAGGUGAAGGCAUGUGGACUCAGCCCACUGGACCUCAAGUUGCUCGCUGACAUCGGGGUCCAGAGAGAUUUGAUCCCCGUUGGCAGAGAGGUGGCCGGGGUUGUCCUGCAAGUGGGUGACAAGGUCUCAUUUUUCCAGCCGGACGACGAGGUUGUAGGUAUCCUUCCUCUGGACUCAUCCUGCUCUGGGCUCUGUGAUGUCAUUGACAUUGAGGAAAACUUCCUGGUGCAGAAGCCGGAGAAGCUCAGCUCGGUGUGUGUUGCUGCGGCGCUGCGCGACGGUCUGUGCGCAUACACCGCUCUGCACACACAAGCUCAUAUGGCAGCCGGACACACACUCCUCGUCAUGGACGGAGCCAGCUCUUUUGGCCUGAUGUGCAUCCAGCUGGCCUGUUACCAUGGCGUCAAGGUCCUGACAACAUCCCAUUCUGCACAGAAACACACAUUCCUGGAGCAGCUGCGGCCCAGCGUAGGUGUUCAGGAUCCUUUAGUUGUCAGAGUUAUUCCAGUCUACGACACCGGCUCUUCAGACCUGCUGCCACAGGUGCUGGAGGAGACAGGAGGACUGGGAGUGGACAUAGUCGUAGACUCUGGAGUUCGUCUGCUUGAAGAAGAAAAACCGCAGGAGAUGAAACUCCGCCCACACAAACAUGACAUCAUCAGUGUCCUGGGAGUGGGCGGACACUGGGUGACAUCCCAUCAAGACCUGCAGCUGGAUCCUCCAGACUGCAGAUUACUGCACUUAAAAUCAGCCUCCGUGUCCUUCCUCAAUCCCGAAGUCUGGACAGCAUCAUCAGCUCAGCAGGGAAGAUACCUCCACAUUCUGAAGGACGUUGUGGAGAAGAUGUCAACUGGAGUACUCAGACCUCAGCCCGAGGAGGCAGUUCCUCUUUACGAGGCCACAGUUGCCAUGGAGACCGUCCAGCGUCAACAGAGGAAAAAGGCUGUUGUGCAGCUCUGACCGAAAUUGUCGCACGCGCCUGUGAUGGGAGACGAGGCAUGAAGCCCACGCUUCAGUGGCUGAAAGUAUUUCACGCAGUCCAGUUGUUAAGUUAUGUUUGGGACUGAAACAUCCGUCUCAGCGAGCGCCGUGUGGAGGACGGAGCGCUCUAACUGUCGUUGUUCUAUUACACUCAUAUUAUUAGCCACAAUCGUGCUCUGAAACAGCUCCAUCCGCUCACACGUUGGCCACAUUCAGACUCUAAAUUUGACACAUAGCCUCUGAAUAUGUGUGAUUUCAUAUCACGUCGAGGCUUCUGCAUCCUCUGUCUCUCUCUCUCUGAAUUCAUGAGCCUAGAACUGAGUCGAUAAACAAAUGACUUGAGAGAGACAAAGAAUUGCUUUUAAUAAUUACAAAAGAAGGAGGACUGCAUUUUAAGCUGCUGUCAGAAAAGUGUUAUGACGUAAUAGUUUAGUUACAUAAUUACAUCAACAAAAUACAACUCUUGAAGGGAAAUAAGAGAAGCUUUUUUUUUAUUAAUGUACUGUGACAUUUAAUUAUAAAAGAGAAUAAAAAAAAACUAGAAAUUAGAAAUACAUCAGUCGUUAUCUUCACAAUCCUCUGUUUCUUCAUAAUUCUGUCUCAAGUACAAAGUCAGUUCUAUAGGUUUAGGUGUUAGUCACCAUAUGUAUAUGUGUAUGUACAUAUAUAUGUACAUACCGUAUGUAUAUAUAAAUGUAUACAUCCUAUAGGUUUAGGUGUUAGUUACCCUGUGCUUGGUGGUGCCUGUGUUCACCCUCUAAGUCAGUGGUCGGCAAAUUAAUAUAAUAAUAAUUUGUCCCAGCUGGUGAAUUCAAAAAUAAGAUAA